CACUUUACACCACACUUUCAACAAACAACACCAUGCACGCCCAAUCCAUCCUCGUUGCUGCCCUUGCUGGCUUUGCCGCUACCGCCCCUCUGGAAAGCCGCCAGCUCUUCGGUGGCACCGGUUCCAGCUCGAGUGAGUUCAGCCGAGGUGGAUGCAGAGAUAUUCUCUUCGCAUUCGCCCGUGGCUCCACCGAGAUCGGCAACAUGGGAACCGUAGUCGGCCCUCCUACCUCUGACGGCCUCAAGAAAGAGUUCGGUCAAGAUGCAGUCGCCACUGAAGGCAUUCCCUAUGCCGCCUCAAUCGGCACCAAUGUCCUCCCCGGCGGCACCGACACACGCUCCAAGAACCUCCUCAAGGACACUCUCAACAGCAUGGCCCAGAAGUGCCCAGACUCCGUUAUCGUAUCCUCGGGCUACAGUCAAGGUGCUGCUGUCAACCACCGCGCUAUCGAGGAGCUCGACGCUGCUGUCAUGGACCAAAUCGCUGGCGUUGUUACCUACGGUGACACACAGAAGCUUCAGGACCGCGACCAAAUCCCCAACUUCCCCAAGGAGAAGGUCAAGAUCAUCUGCCAGCCUGGUGACGCCGUCUGCCUGGGUACGCUGAGCGUCUUGCCUGCUCACUUGACAUACGGUGUUAGGGCGAACGAGGGUGUUGAAUUCUUGGUCCAGCAGAUCAAGGGUGCGCAGGCAAAGAUCAAGGCUAGGAAUACGAAGCGCGAGGCUGAGAAGGCAGCUGCCGCUGUUGAGGAUGUUGUCAAGCGUGUUGCUAAGGAGAUUGCGGCAUAAGUCGAGUCUUUCGGUUUGGGUGCGAUAUCUGGAUACUUGUGUGGCUGGAUCACUUUGUUCUUAUCCGGUCGCGUGGGAAUCUCAUGACCUUUUUUUCUUUACUCUCUUUCACACUCUUUGGUUACGUGUUUU